CUUGAAAGUUGUAAGUUGUAAUAAAGCCUUUCUUUUAUUUCUCACACUCUUCUAUAAUCCAUUCCAUAGCAUACAUCUCCCCAAAUAAUAUCAAAAACAUCAGAAACCCUUUUCAUCUUUGGAUCUCCUCUGCUAGGGUUUUGCUCCUGCUCCUGCUCCUGCUCUCGUUUCAUCUUUACUCUGUCUUGUGGGGACAACAGUUCAUAAGGUUAAGGUUUUUGGCUUUGUUUAACAAUGGGGGAUGCAGAAAAUGCCCUUCCUUCUUCUAAGAAGAGGGCUGCUAGCAGUGAGAUCUCCAGAGACAACCCUGGUCUUGAUGAUGAUGGCUCUGUCGAGCAAGAAACUGGAACUUUCAAGAAAGCCAGUGAUGAGGUACUGGCAAGAAGAAAAAUUGUGAAAGUUCGUCGCAGUCAAACCACUUCAACUCCGUCAUCCAAUCCAUUUGCUGGCAUUCGCCUGGUUCCUCCGACUGAGCCAAUUGCAGCCCCUGCUGUAGCCACGAUUGAAGUAGUUAGUGCUAGGCAGCAAGUGUCAGAAGAAGGCCAAAGUGAUACUUGUGAGGAGGUUGAAAAGGGUAAAGGCGAGAAGAGUGAGCUGUCAGAGAGUGAGAUUGAUAAGCCUGUGGCUGAAGUUGCCACAUGUAAGACUGAUGAGCCAGUGGCUGAGACUGCUGUGGACAAGGUGAGCGUGGAAGAUAAGGGAAAAGCUGUAGAUAAGCCAGUGACUGAAAUUUCUGAAGAUGAGGAGAAGAGUAAGGAGUCAGAGGGCAAGACUGAUGAGCCAGUGGCUGAGACUGCUGUGGACAAGGUGAGCGUGGAAGAUAAGGGAAAAGCCGUAGAUAAGCCAGUGACUGAAAUUUCUAAAGAUGAGGAGAAGAGUAAGGAGUCAGAGGGCAAGACUGAUGAGCCAGUGGCUGAGAAUGCUAUUGAAAAGGAGAGUUCAGAAGACAAGGGAAUUAAUAGUGCAGUCAAUGAGGCAACUGAAUUGAAGGUAGAUAAUGAGAAACCAGCUGAAGAUGAGACUGAGAAAGAAAAUGCAGGAGGUGAUGACACAGAAAAUCAAGAUAAGAAGGAUAAUGGUAAUGAAAUUGUUUAUCCAAGCACCGAAGGUGCCCCUCUGAACUCAUUCCAACAGCUUUCAAGUAGCCAAAAUGCUUUCACAGGGCUUGCUGGAACUGGGUUUUCCACCAGUACAUUCACCUUUGGUUCAGUUCCUAAGGAUGGUUCUGUACUGGGUAGUGGUUCUGGUUCUCUGUUUGGGCAGAAAAAUGAACAACCUUCAUUUGGAUUUGGUCUCUCUAACAAUGGAAGUUCUUCACUGUCUUCUGUUGUCUCAAAGACCGAGGGGAGUGGUUUUCCAUCUAUGCAGGAGGUUCCAGUUGAGACAGGGGAAGAGAAUGAAAGAGUGGUUUUCUCUGCUGAUUCAGUGUUGUUUGAAUUUCUCGAUGGUGGCUGGAAGGAGCGUGGAAAGGGAGAACUCAAGGUCAAUGUAUCGGCUGCUGGGGCUGAAAGAGCCAGACUUCUAAUGAGAGCUAGGGGUCAUUUUAGGUUGAUUUUGAAUGCAAGUCUUUAUCCUGACAUGAAGCUUGCAAAUAUGGACAAGCGAGGUAUCACUUUUGCAUGCAUGAAUAGUAUCGGUGAAGGUAAGGACAGCCUUUCCACUUUCGCACUGAAGUUCAAAGAUGGUUCCAUCGUGGAAGAGUUUUGUGCAGCUGUCACUGCACAUAAAGAUAAAGCACCUGCAGUUAUGAAGACUCCAGAGAAUUCACCAAAGGCUUCUUCUGACGAGUGAAAGUCGCCUCACAUUACAUAGAAACGUUGUACUGGGAAGCCAUCAACUGCUCUUCAUGGAAGAAAAGUAUUUCUUUCGGGUUAUCCUGAAACCUUUUGUAGUAGUUUGAAAAGGCGCAUUCCCGUUUUUGUUGUUUAACUUCGGUCUAGUCUUCAGGAGAAUGUUCUUUGUUUUCAGUUAUUACCGGCGUCAACUGCAUAAAUUUACAGCAGAAAAGACAUUGAAUGUUCGACAAUUUUACAGUCUCUCCCUUCUAUCAGGGAUACAUAUAUCGUAUUGCUCGGGUGCAUGUUAAAUAUUUACUGGAAAUCCGGCAUGCAUUUACCCUCUA